UCGCAGUUUGACAAGUUUGCCAAUAAGAAAAUAGGAGCCAAAAGUGCAGAAAAACGAAGAAAAUAUAAAUUUGAUUUUUGAAAAAUUUAUUUGCUAGCGCUAUUUUUCCGUAUUUAUUUAGCCUCGGCGACCGAAUGUGGUCUUAAAUAGUACUACUUCGUGCGUGGAAUUAGUGAAAUCAUUUGUGAAGCUGUCAGAACGCGUCGUUGGCGUCGAUUUGUGAGCUGCUGAAAUUCAGUAGUAAAACGACUCCCCAGCAAAGUGUGGUGACAGUUUUCCAGUUGGAACUGCUGCGGUGAGUCUGAAAAUAUCGGAGAUUAUCGAACGGGUAGACGAUUCUUGGUACUUGUUGGCAGCCAAUCAAUGAUUGUUUUUUGAUUACUGGUGUUAUCGUACUGUGAACCAGCUUAUUUUUAACGGAAGUUGCCAGGCAUAAACGACGGAAUGGAGGUCGAUGAAGAAUAUUGUUAUGAUGACGGUGCCGAGGACUUUGGUAUGCACACUUUGGAAGAAGGAACUUUGGUCGGUUCAGAUGAUUUGGUUGAAUAUUCCGGGGAUGAAGAUGAGCAAUACGAUGAUAUUGGUUUCAUAAAAUCAGAGGCACUAGUGGAGGAAAGCAUUCCAAGAUCAGUGAUAAACAGUCCAAACAUUACGGUGAAGCGAGUUGUCAACAACACGGCCAAACCAGUAUCAACGAUGUUGCAGAAAAUUGCCCCAAAACCUGGCCAUCUGAUACGCACGACUGAUUCUUCCGGCAAGGUCGUGCUAAUUCAAAGACCAUCCAACUCGGGUGCUCCGGUGAAGCUACUUAACAAUGCCAAAACUACACCAACAACCACGAAAACAACUUCAUAUCAUUUGGUCAAAAACGACGGAAGCGUGUUGAUGCGUCCAAAAGCAACACCUCAGGCCCUGGUUCGUCGAGUGGUUUCUGCAGCUGAGUCUUCCAGCGCACCCCGAACGAAAGUCAUCGCCAAAGCACCAACCCAUGUUGUGAUUCACACAAAAUCCGGAACCGCCGGAACCACCACCAAAACCGUUACUGUAGCGGAAGCCCAUCAAAUGGGUCUACUGAAUAACAAAAUGAAACAGGUGGUGACAGUGGCUAAACCUAGACCCACGGGAACUGCAGUCAUGAAAUCACCGGUCAAGAUUCUUCAUAGUGCUACGACCGGAUCUGAGGUAGUUCGAGUUAAGCAGGAAGCUCCCGAAACAUCAGCCCAAACUCAUAAAGUUCUCAUCAAGCCAAAUUCAACGGCUACCACCAAAACUGCUAUACAUAGUCAAAAAGUACUUCUGCCUCAAAGUGCCAUUCAGGCAGGUCAACAGUCGGGACAAAUUCAGGCAAUCAAUAUUCCGGGCAAAGGCAUACAAUAUGUACGGUUUUUGAACCAGAAUUCUGGGUCCAGUAAUGCUACCACCAUUGGACGAAAAAUUGUUCAAGUUGUGAAUAAACCAUCGAACGCUGGUACUGGCCCUGGAUCAAAAAUCAUUGUACAAAACUCUAAAACAUACGUGGUAAGCAACGGCAAUGUGACGACCGCUCGCAGUUUGCCCAAUUCACAGCAGAUGCGAGCGAUAGCAGCUGGUUCAGCUCGCAAAGUAAUUGUGUCGAACGAAGAAUCUCAAAUAGGUGUCAUCAAGAGAGAACCGGACUCGACUCGGUACGUGACACUAGUUCGGAAAGAAGACAGCAACGCUUCGGAUAUGGUGACAACGCUAACCGCGUCACAGCUCAACCAACUGAAAGGUACAACCACCGUAAUGGCAGGUGGUACCAAAACCAAAAUCGUUAUGGUGCCUUCCGACUAUACGAGGCAGGUGAAAGUCGCUAAUUCCUGUUCCGCAGGAACGCAGGGAUCUUCUAUGAGCAACCCACCCGCAAUUAUUUCCGUGAAGCGCGAGUCGAUAAGCGGCUCGGAGGAUGAAACCCGUCGGGGUCCGCCCAUUGGGACGGCCUAUCCCGAUGAAGCAUACAAAAAACGUCCGUGCAAUUGUACCAAGUCGCAGUGUUUGAAGCUGUACUGUGAUUGUUUUGCCAAUGGGGAAUUUUGCUAUAAUUGCAACUGCCGCGAUUGCUACAACAACCUGGAUAACGAAGAGGAACGGCAGAAAGCAAUCCGCGCGACACUGGAGCGGAAUCCUAGUGCGUUCAAACCGAAAGUGUGUGCCGUCAGUGCCGCGGAAGAUUCCCUGCGCCAGCACACGAAGGGUUGCAACUGCAAACGAUCCGGUUGUCUGAAAAACUACUGCGAGUGUUACGAGGCGAAAAUUCCAUGUUCCGGCAACUGCAAAUGCAUAGGUUGUCGCAACACCGAGCAAUUCGCUAAAGAGUACGAAUACGCAACGGGUCUGUCGAGCAGCGUAAUAGCGGCUGGAAGCGAAGCAGGCGUUGCAAUAGGAAUCGAUUCAGAACAAUUAUCCGGUGACGACACCAUGGCAGAAACCGAACACGCUGGUACCAGCUUUGGAACGCCGGCCACUGUCGUUUCGGGAUCUGGCGAAUGUUCAUCCAGUAUAGGAGUGAAGCGAUUACUUCCGGCGGAGCCGGAUCUCACACAGUUACCACCUUCAAAGCAACCGUACAACUUCAUGACGCCGGACGUGAUUGAGGCGACGGUGCAAUGCAUGAUUGCGCAAGCGGACGAAUGCCAGAAGCGUGGGUGCAAUAUACGCACCGCUGAACGCAUGAUUCUAGAGGAGUUUGGACGCUGUCUGGUGGAGAUAAUUGACUUUUCUACAAAAUCGGAUAGCUAAAUGGUAGUCGUAAAGUAGGUGUGUGUUUGUAUGUGUGAGUUUAUUGAGUACAUUAUUGUACUCACUGAUUUAGUUUUCUGUUCAAUCAUGGAACAAGAGUAUAUUGCACAUAUAUUUACCUUUAUACGAACGCGGACGCUUUAUUCUUCUGAUACUGAAUAUUAGUUUAGUUUGUGCCAUAAUGAUGGCAUUAAAAUAACACGGUUAUUUAACCAAAAUUUUAUAUCAAAUUCAUUAGCAAUAAAUGUUCUUCUAACAUAAUGAACAUAAAGGAAGUAGUCCUUUGUAUUAAUAUUUAUUAUAUCUCACCACUUUUCAUUUUAUCUUUUUUUUUUGUAAAGACUAGUCUUCAGCUUUUGUUUUACAAUAGCAUGGCUGUACUUUAGAUUUUGUUUAUAAAGGAUUGAACCUUGAAUUCAACACAAUUGUAGCAGUAAAUUUGACGCGAACGUGAACAGAAAUAUCUUCUCAAAGAUUUAGAUAGAUAAAAUUAGUUACAUCAGAGUGCAAAUAGGAUGAUAAUUUGUAAGAUAGUGUACAAACAGUUCUAAAGAUUGACGGUGAUUCAUAGUGCGAUAGCAUUAUGAAUCGAUUGUCUCAUUGUUGAUAGAGUGGAAAUAAAAUAUAAAUAUAUAAAGGCAAAUCAUUCUUGCUAAAUUUUGA